UUAAUAUAUUGACCGGCAUCAUGGUCGCCGGUAUUUGAAAAUCGAUCAAAACAACAAUAAAAUGAGUAAAAUAAAGCGAAAGGUAACGGUAGAUACUGUGAGUGGACAAUCAGAUGAUAGGAAAAAACCUAGCGUAUUUGAAAGACUUGGACCUGGAGCUGUAAGACGACAAGUUGGCAACUACGACGACUCUGAUUCUGAUCGUGAAGAAUAUGUACAGAGAUGCCGGAAUUGGGUGAGCACUGGUUCCUGUCCCUACGGAAACAAGUGCAAGUUUCUUCAUGGGCCAUACACAUCAUCAUCAAAACAUAAAGGGCGUCGUGAGGAUGAUGGGCAGGAAGACUUACGUCUCCGAGUUAAACAGAAGAAGCACAAGGGUGCUGAUAAAAGUGACUCUGAUGAUUCUGUGGAGCGGAGCAGGAGUCGAGCAAAGAAAGACAAAAUUGCAGCUCUGAAAUCUGCGAUAAUAAAAAAGAAAGGAAUAGUUGGCAGUGAUUCGGAGUCGCCCAGUCAAUGGUCUGGAGAUGACCUUGAUUUCAAGAAGGAACUGGAGCUGGAGAAGCGACGUCAACAGUUACAACGUGAACUCAGCCGUCUAGAAGACGAGGAAGACCCUGGACGGGAAAAUUUUGUCAUCGAGAAAAAGUUAAUGCGGCAACCGCAACGUGCCAGCAGCUCGGAGUCCGACAGUUCUGAUGAAAGAAGUCGCAGCAGGAGCAGGAAGACCGGGAAGAAAAAGAAGAAAAGAAACAAACAUUCAAGGUCACCAGCAAAAGGAAAAGGCCUGCGGAGUCCUAGUCCAGGCAUGGAUAGUGAUGAACCACAUAAGAAACAUAAGAAAAAGUCCAAAAACAAGAAACAUAGGGACUCUAUGUCUGAUGCUGAUCGAAGUCCAGAGCCCGAGCAGAAGAUCCGCAAACUACUUAGUCCCUUGAAAUUCAAGAAAUCAACCAAAGCUGUUCUUUCAAAGACAAUUACUGCUUUCCAUUCUGAGGAUGAGGAUGAAGCUCCCCCGCCUCCAAAAAUGAACUUGCCCAUGCCGUCAAGGUCACCAUUACCCAUGAUUCCUAAUAUACCUAUACUGCAAAGGUCAAGGUCAAGUUCGAGUGAAGAUGAUCGUCGAAUCGAAAAAAGGAAGGACAAAAGAUCAAUCACACCAGUUAAGAAAAAAAAAGAAAGAAAAAUGUCACCAGAAUAUGUGAAAGAGUCUAAACCAGAAAAAGUUAAAAGUUCAAAAAGAAGAACAAAAUCACGUUCAGUGAGUUUGGACAGGUCAUUAUCCUUUUCACCAGAUGGGAAGAAGAGUAAAAAGUUAGAGAAAAAGAAAAAGCAGAAGAAAGAAGAAAUGAUUGAAAGGUCAAAGGACAGUUCAUUUGAGAGGUCAAGGGGUCGUGAAGUACGAGACAGAGACUUAACCCCAUCAUCAGAUUAUAGAGAUUUUUCUCCUGGGGUAGAAGUGGUGAAGAAGAAGAAGGAUAAAAAGAAAGAUAAGAAGAAGAAGGAACGAGAUUUGUCACUAGAUCGCGAUGAUGAGAGGAAACAUAAGAAAGAAAAAAUAAAAGAACGUGAACGAUCAGAAUCUCCUUUGCCAACUCGCAAACAGGAAAAACGAAGUUUAGAUAGGGCUUCAAGGAGAGAACAAGUAGAUACAAGAACUAGAUCCCCGUCAAGCAGCAAAGGAUCAAGGGACACAUACCAAGAUCGCCGUGGUAGAUCUCCGGAACCCCCGGUCAGAGGGGAAAGAGAGAGGGAUAUUAGAGACCAGCGUGACCGGGAAGGAAGGGAUCCGAGAGAUAUUCGAGACACCAGAGAUAGAGAUUCUAGGGAUCCACGUGAGACAAGAAUAGAUCCUAGAGAAAGAGACAGUAGAAGUUUAAGGGAACCAAGGCCAGAUCCUAGAGAUAUUAGAGAUCCCAGGGAACUUCGUGAGCCAGUUAUAGAAAGAGAGAGAGAAAUGAGAGAAAGAGAAUUGAGGGAACGAGAUGCUAGAGAUUCUCGAGAUCCCAGAGAUAGAGAUCCAAGAGACAGGGAUCCUAGAGAAUUAAGGGACCCAAGAGAUAUUAGAGAUCCUAGAGAAUUGAGGGAGCGUAGAGAACCAAUAGAUGACCCUAGGGACCUACGAGAUCGCAGGGAUCCAAGAGAAAGAGAUAUGAGGGAGAGGCCAGGUUCAGGGAGGGAAUUUGACAGGGACAUCCCCAUUAGGGACCCAAGGGAUCCUAGUGGUGACAGAAGAGAAAGAUAUCCAGAUGACAGAUACAGAGAUGAUGUCAGGAGGGACAGGUAUGAUGAUCCACGAUAUCCCCCACCACCACCUGGCAGUUUUGAUGAUAGAGGGCGCUAUGGUCGGGGUGACCGUGAAGGGUUUCCUGAUGCUGGAGACAGGGGACCAUAUGGACGUUUAGAUAGAGAGAGGGACCCCGGGGACAGAAGAGAUUUAGGUGACCGCAGAGAGCCGUUAGAUAUGCCAUUUGAUAGAUAUGGCCCUCCACGAGGAGAUCCAAGAUAUGGUCCUAUGCGAGGAAGGGGUCAGUAUGACUACAGAGAUCAGGGACCAGGUUGGGAUCGAGGGAGAGGCCGGGGCAGAGGUGGCUGGGGAAGAGGAGGUCCAGACAGAGGUGGACGCUAUGAGGAUAGAAGUCGCCGUGGAGACUGGGACAAUCAGAGACGUCAGGAUGACUUCUAUGGCUCUGAUCGUCGUGAUUGGCAGGACCGUCGCGACGAGAAUAGGCGAGAUGAUCGCAGGGAAGGACCUAGAGAUGAUAGCAGAGACAAAAGAGAUGAGAAGACAGACAGUGAAAAGGAAAAAGAUGUAACCAGAGAUAAAGAUGUUGGAAGAGAGUCUGAAAAAGAUAGGAAACCUAUAAGAGAAGAUAAGAAGGAGGACAAGGAAAAAGAUAAAGAUAAGAAAGAAGACAGACUGGAGAAAGAAGAUUCAAAACGCAAGGAGCAAGAUCUCUCUGAUGUUGAGAAGGUGGAAAAGAAAGAGAAAAAGAAGGAUGAAGAAAGGUCGAGAGAAAGGAAAGACGAGGAUCGUAAAGAUAGAAUGAAGGAUAAAGACAGGACAGAGACAAGGAGUAAAGACAGUAGUGGUGAUAGAAAGAGAGAUGAUGAACCCAGUGAUAGAGAAAGGUCAAGAAAAAGAAGAGCUUCAAAUGAAGGUUCAAGGUCACCAUCACUUAAAAAAGCAAGAGAUGGUUCCCCAGCUUUAUCAACACACAGUAAGAAGUCUAGUCGAGAUGUACCCAAAGAACGGGAACCAGAUGCUGAUAUCAACAGUGAUAAAGGUAGUGUUGCUGGUAGUGAAAGGUCAAGGAAAGCAGACAGUGAAAGGUCAAAGACACGUAAAAGUAGAAAAGAUGAAGAAAAAAGGUCUAAAAAGGGCAGUGACACAGAGAGCAUAGACAGGAAAAGGUCAAGGUCACGGUCAAAGGACGGAUCAGACAGUGGAGACAGCAAGCGUAGAAAGCUUGAUCUGUAUCAAGAAGGUGGUGUUGGUCAGCUUGCUGGAUAUGUAAUCAAAGAUACUGUGGGGUCAGACAGAGAGGAUAAUAACCUUGAGAAUAUAGAGCAGAACUUCAGUGAUUGGUCGGAUAAUGAUUCAGAUGAUGAUAUACUUAACAGACCUGGAGAAGCUUCUCCAAAGAAGGAAAGACAGAGCUCAGGACAAGAUCAAGAUCAGAGUCCGCAUGGCAGUGUUGGCAGUAAACACAGCGAGAAAAAUAAAGAUGGAGCUGGAGGUGAAAAAGAAAGAAAGACUUCUGAGGACAAAGAUCCUGAUGCACUCGAGUCUGUAUCCUCUGAUGAAGGAAGUCUCGUCGAACAUGUUAAAUUGGCUGCAGUUGAUGCCCUUGAGAUAGACUGGGCAAGCAUGGUGAAAGACGAGCGUCCAAAAUUGAGUACUGGCUCAGCUUUACAAAGAUUUAAACCCGGUGCUCUCUUUGCUAAGAUGGGUAUAUCCCGACAGUAUGCUGGGGAGGAGUUGUAUAAAGAGGUCCUUGACGUGUGCCAGAGACACCAGGAGGAAACAGCCUGUGAGGAAGACAGAGAUGCAGGUAAUGAACUGCAUGUAAAAACUGAAAGACAAGACAGUGAACAACCAGAAAGUAAACAAACUACAGACAGUAUCAAAAAUGAACCUAAUCAGACUGAAUCUUCAGAUAAGGACAAAAAGAAACCCAAAUUUGAGUUUCUGCAUGACGUUGCAAUGUUCCAUUGUUCUGCUCUUCAGAAAUUGAAGGAAAGAAAGAACUUACUUUCUAACAUAGGGCCAUUUAGAAGAGCACUGUGUGCUAGGCGAGAUUUGGAAAUAAGACGACAGUUGUGCAAAGUAGAUAAGAACUUGGAUCAAAGUCAGAUGUAUGCAAGUCAGGAUAUGGACACAGAACUGUACAAACUCAGUGUUCAAAUGCUAAAACAAGCUAAAGACCCUUCUUUGAAAAUAGAAAAUCCACCGCAAGUAUCUGAUAAAGUUCCAGAAAAAUGUAGUCCCAUCGGAGAAACCGGAACUCUAGAAAAGACAGUUGUUGAAGUGACUUGUGGUUGAAGAUAUAUUGUAUACUUUGUGACUACUAAGUAUUGUUUUGGAAUAUGUUUAAGGAAUGAGUGGGACUCUUAUAGAAAAAUGAGGUUUUAAAGAAGUUUUAAGAAGUUUAUGCUUACAGUAACACAGGUGGGCAGCAAGUGAUUUGACUUUACUGUGUAAAAUUAAUGCAGGUGUUUUUAUCAGUCAUUUUUCAUCCCUAUUGUUUCCCUCAUUGUAGCUUAUAUUUCAAAGAAAUUCACCUACUUCUAAAGUAAAAGCAAAAAAUAGAAGUCAUUGAUAUUUGUAUAGAAUUUCAAAUUCUAGUAAAUAACAAAUUUCAUUUAGUAGACCCUGUACAUGGUUUCAUAAUUCAUCUAUUCAUUCUGCUUCAAAAAAGUGAAGGGUGAAUUUAAAUUGCCUUGUUACAUAUACUUUAAUGGUAUUACAUUGCCUGUUCCAGAUGAUACCAAAGUGUAGUUAAUUUGUUUCGCGAAGUCUGUACCAGUAAACAGAUUUUCCAAAAAAAUUCUUGAGAGACCCAAAUAAAAGAUACAUAGCAUUUUAAGUGUACAAGGUCUCCAGCAGUGACAAUAUUUUCAAGAUGUAAUUCAAUAUGGAAAAACCCUUCUGUAAAAUGUUGGGCCUUGAAAUUUUAGAAGCCGUUCAUUUUUGAAAUUUACAAUACUUUUACAUAUAUAUACAUGUAUCUCUUUUACCUUAAAUUCGAUAUUUUGAAAGUUUUACGAUUGCGAACAAACAAAGUUAAAACAGCAUUUUGUAUAUACUCUAUGGUUCAAAAUAUAAAACAGCUACCUUUUAUCCUUUUGAGUUCUGUAAAAUGAUAUAUAAUAUCAGUCCUGUAAUCAGGUAUCAACAAGAAAAUGAUGGCAGGUCCUGUUGUAGGUCACCUAGAACCUUACUUAUUAAUUUAUAGACCAUGGCUACAUAAGAUGUUAUACAUAUUCUGCUUUUAUGAAGUGACUUUAUGUUCAUUGUGUUAAUAUUUGAGGGAAAUAUUUGAAAAUAAAGAAAUGAAGAAAUAUACAA